CCAAAAAAGCUAAGUUGAGAUUCUUAUCAAACACGAGACUGUUCUCUCUCUCUCUCUCUCAUCACCUUCUCCUCCUGAGUGCUCACACUCAGUUUCAUCUCACUCUCUCAGAAACCCUCCCAAUGCUAUCACUCCACCACCACCUCCCCGGAACCACCAAUGCCAACCUCCAAAUCCUUCCAACCACCCAUCUCCGUCAUUCAACCUCAAUUCACCCUAAACCCUACCUUCCUCCAUUAACCCCAAAAGCCCUCCUUCAAUGGAACCGCAAACCACAACUCGCUGGCGAAACACCGCGUGUCGUCGUAGUUACAUCCGGAAAAGGCGGUGUUGGUAAAACAACAACAACCGCUAACAUCGGCCUCUCAUUAGCCCGGUUGGGUUUCUCCGUCGUAGCAAUCGACGCUGACGUCGGACUUCGUAACCUAGACCUUCUUUUAGGUCUCGAGAAUCGAGUCAAUUACACUGUUGUGGAAGUUCUCAACGGUGAAUGUCGACUCGAUCAAGCUUUGGUUAGAGAUAAACGUUGGUCCAAUUUUGAACUUCUGUGUAUUUCCAAACCAAGAUCUAAACUCCCAAUUGGCUUUGGUGGAAAAGCCCUAACUUGGUUAGUUGAAGCUUUAAAAGCCCGGGGAGACGUAACCGGUGGAAAUAGAAAUGGUUCCACAGGUUCUCGUAGCCCCGACUUUAUCCUCAUUGAUUGUCCGGCCGGAAUCGAUGCAGGGUUUAUUACAGCUAUCACGCCUGCGAACGAGGCGGUGUUAAUCACUACACCUGAUAUAACUGCUCUUAGGGAUGCUGAUAGAGUAACGGGGUUAUUGGAAUGUGACGGGAUUAGGGAUAUUAAGAUGAUAGUGAAUAGGGUUAGGACUGAUAUGAUUAAAGGCGAAGAUAUGAUGUCGGUUUUGGAUGUUCAAGAAAUGUUGGGGUUGCCUUUGCUCGGUGCUAUACCUGAGGAUAGUGAGGUUAUAAGAAGUACUAAUAGAGGGUACCCUCUUGUUUUGAAUAAGCCUCCUACUUUGGCUGGUUUGGCUUUUGAACAAGCUGCUUGGAGACUUGUCGAACAGGAUAGUAUGCAAGCUGUUAUGGUUGAGGAAGAGCCUAAAAGAGGGUUUUUCUCAUUUUUUGGUGGUUAAAUUUCAAUUGGGUCAUUUUUGUUUUUUUCAUUAGCUGCACGUUUGUAAUGAAUGAUUUUAUGGUGUCUGAUGAAUGUUUUUUGAGGUGAAGUUUGUUUUGAUCCGUGUAUAGUUCAAAUUAGUAAAGCUUGUUUUCCUUUAAUUUGUUUUUCAAGAUUUAUUUUUACCUUGGUAAUGUAAGGAUUAAUUGUAUCUGUAAAACACCUCAGGUGCAGAUUUGUUGCCAUAGUAAUAGUAAAAUGUUGUAGGUGGUUUACUCUGGUA